AUGGACUUGAAAGAAUACUCCGCCGAUACCCACACCAGCUCGGAGAUACCGUCGUCGGCGUCGUCGCCCGACGGGGCUAGCGGACCAGCCACCAGUAGUGGAAAAUGGCAGAACUUCAAAGACUCGUUCAAGCCUGCCAUAGAGUCAGAAAAGUUGUCUUCCAAACUCGAUACCUCCCACCUCGGCGACCCCGAGGCCCAGAUCACUGAGAUCCAGAAGAUCAACCUCAACUCGUCUUCUUCCAACUUGCACCGUAAGUUGGAAAACCGUCAUUUGCAGAUGAUUGCCAUCGCCAGUUCAAUUGGCCUGGGGUUGUUGAUUGGUACCGGUUCUGCUCUUAGCACUGGUGGCCCAGGUGCCAUCUUGAUCGCGUGGGCCUUGACAGGGCUUGCCAUCUUGUGCACCAUCCAAGCCAUGGCCGAGUUGGCCGUAACGUUCCCCAUCAGUGGUUCCUUUAACGUGUAUGCCAGCAGGUUCAUCGAUCCCAGUGUGGGCUUUGCAGUGGCUUGGAACUACUUCUUCCAGUUCUUGGUGCUAUUACCGUUGGAGUUGGUGGCAGGCUCCAUUACCGUGCAAUACUGGACCACCAGUAUCAAUCCUGACGUGUGGGUGUUGAUUUUCUACAUCAUCGUCGCAUCCAUCAACUUCUUCGGCGUCAGGGCGUACGGAGAGGCUGAGUUCAUCUUCUCUAUCAUGAAGGUUCUAGCCGUGAUUGGGUUCAUCAUUGUCAGUAUUGUGUUGGUAGCUGGUGGAGGUCCCAACGGUCAGCACAGAGGAUCAGAGUACUGGCACAACCCCGGGGCAUUUGCCAACGGCUUCAAAGGUGUGGUUUCAGUAUUUGUCACUGCUGCGUUCAGUUUUGGAGGUACCGAGCUCGUGGGACUUACCGCAGCCGAGGCAAACCAGCCAAGAAAGUCUCUUCCAAAGGCCACUAAGCAAGUUUUCUGGAGAAUCUUGAUGUUCUACAUGGUUUCCUUGACCCUCAUCACCUUCCUUGUUCCACACACCUCGCAACAGUUGAUGGGAACUUCUUCUGUUGACGUCAAGGCUUCCCCAUUUGUCAUUGCCAUUACGAGCGGAGGCAUUAAGGGCUUGCCUUCGGUGAUGAAUGCAGUCAUCUUAAUUUCAGCCAUCUCGGUGGGCUCUUCUUCGGUGUAUGCAACCUCGAGAACGUUGACAUCUUUGGCCGAGCAGGGAUUGGCUCCUAAAAUCUGUGGCUACAUUGACAGGGCCGGUAGGCCCUUGGUAGCUAUUAUCAUUACCAACGUGUUUGGUCUAAUCAGUUUUAUCGCUGCCAGUGGUAAGCAAAGUGAAAUCUUCUCGUGGUUGAUGUCCAUCUCUGCGUUGAGUUCGAUUUUCACAUGGCUCUCCAUCUGUGUUGCCCACAUUCGUUUCAGAAGAGGGUUGGCUGUCCAGGGAAGAGGCACCGACGAGCUUGCAUUCACAUCCCAGACUGGGGUCAUCGGAUCCUAUUUCGGAGCUCUCUUGAACACCUUGGUGAUUAUUGCUCAAUUCUGGAUUGCCUUGUUCCCGCUUGGUGAGUCCCCCAAUGCCAGUUCAUUCUUCAACAGCUACCUUGGGUUUGUGGUGCUUAUCGUGUUCUACGUGGGCCACAAGUUGUGGAGACGCAACUGGAUAUUGUUCAUCCGGGCCGAUCAGAUCGACGUGGAUUCAGGAAGAAGAGAAACCGAUAUCGAGGCCUUGAAGGAGGAAUUGGCUGAGGAAAGAGCCAUCUUGCGUGCUAAACCAUUAUAUUAUAGAGUAUACCAGUAUUGGUGUUAA